AUGAUCAUUACUCUCGCAGAACAGAGUGCUGCACCACCUACAGGUGGUUGCGAGGGUUCACAGCCCGUUUUGACGCAUUCGACCUCAUUCCCUUCCCACGCCGGUGCGAAGGGCUACUCAGUACUCGUUGAUAUUCAGUAUCCGGCCAAGAAACCUAUAGGCGCUCUGAGAUUUAUAGCGAAUCCCAGUCGCCAAGGUCUUCGACAAGUUGUGGCGCAAAUUUUGGCUACCAAUGAUCCCCCAAACGACCCAAGCUGGUUCAUAAAAUCAUUGAGUGUUCGGAAGGGGAACACUUCAUACGAUGUCUUGGGCUACCCACAGGAUGACAUUGGUAGCUUACUGGACGAUGUUCUUGAGUCUGAAAAGCUCAUCAAGAUUGAAUGUGUAUGCAGCAUCUAA